UAUUCAUUCCCAGUCUUUCUCAAGCCAAGAGUGCGCUCCUGGCACAAAACUCACAAGCAAAUCAGUAAUUUUAGAACGGUAACAUUAGCCAUGGGACGUGCAAAGAAUCUUAUUUUGGUCUUUGUAGCCAUAGUUUUGACAGCCGUGCUGUUGAGACGACUGUUAGGUGUUUAUGGCCUUGUAGUUCCUCUUCUUUAUAUGUUCUUUGACGUGAACUGGAGUCUUCGUGUCACAUGGAUUGUUUUGAAGAAGGUUAUUUUCAGUAGAGGAUCAAACCAUAAUUUCCUUGAUGUUUCUGAGUCAAUCUUCAUUGUUCUUCCGUCAGAUAUGGAUCUUAACCUUCACAUGAAUAAUGCUAGGUAUCUCCGUGAAUGUGACUUUGGGAGAAUUAAGUUUUGGAUCUCUAGUGGGAUGAUGCAUGUGAUGAGAAAAAGCAAUUGUGGUGUGACGAUAGCUGCCUCCACUGUGCGUUAUCGCAGAUCAUUGGAACUUUUUCAAAAAGUGAUUCUAAGAACUAGAGUCUUGGCCUGGGAUGAAAGUGCAUUUUACUUAGAGCAGAGAUUUAUUACAGAAGAUGGCUUUGUUCAUGCUAUUGUUCUGACAAAGAAUACAGUGAUUCAGGCAAAUAAAAAGGAAAGAUUUGUUUCGCCACGUGAACUGGUGCAACUAUUAAGUGGAUGGAAUAUGCAGAGUCCUAUCUUGUCACAUGACUUGCAUCUAUGGAUACAAUACAACAGUGCAUCAAGUGCUAUGAUGAAAAAUGCUUCAUAAUUACCUCCUAUGAAAAGUCACCUGGAGUUGAUAUUCCAGUGGACACCCUUGCAAUAGUAUAUUUGAACUUAUUCCUCUUUGUACUGGGGGGGGGGGGGGG